AUACUUAAUGGGACUUAUUGAAAAAAGGGCAAGAGUCUCCAUUCAUGGAUAAAAAUCAGAGGGAACUGGAGGGGGGGGGAAGUUGAGCAAAAAGGACAUGUGGACGAACGAAUAAGCUGUGAACGACGAAUUUCACCGACAAUUUUUUUUGUUCGCAAAGGCUAUUUUUUGUUUGUUUGUUUGCUUUAGAAGCUACUUAUUGUAUAAAAGUCAAACGCGUUCUUCAGGACGAACCCAUUAGGAAACGGCGGUGGCGCUUCAGAGAAGAGGUGCCGUGAGAAAGAUUACCUUGUCUCUCUCUCUCUCUCUCUCUCUCUCUCUCUCUCUCUCUCUCUCUCUCUCUCUCUCUCUCUCUCUCUCUCUCUCUCUCUCUCUCUCUCCCUCUCUCUAUAUCACACAUACACACACGCUCAGCAGCCGCACCCGAAGCGCGUCCUGCAGCCUCGCUCUCUGUCCAACCUGCCGUAGCAUGGCCAAAUCUAGUAGAGCUACUUUGGCUCUGCUCAUCUACGGGAUCUUAAUGCGCUACAGCGCUCAAUGCACACCCAUCGGAAUGGGCUUCCCCAACAUGAGGCUAGAAAACGACGUGUUUGGGGACGAGGAAAACUCGUUAAAUGAGCUCUCCUAUGAGCCCGACACGAUGAGCGCGCGCAGUGCUCCUGCACUCCCGGAGGAUGCAUUUACACUGUAUUACCCGCCCGAGAGAAGAGCCGAAACGCAUGCAGAAGGAUUGUUAGAUAGAGCCUUGAGGGACAUCCUGGUUCAGUUAUCAGCCCGAAAAUAUCUGCAUUCUCUCACGGCAGUUCGCGUAGGUGAGGAAGAGGAGGAUGAAGAAGACUCGGAGCCACUGUCCAAGCGCCACUCGGACGGCAUUUUCACGGACAGCUACAGCCGCUACCGGAAACAAAUGGCAGUAAAAAAAUAUCUUGCAGCAGUUCUGGGAAGAAGGUACAGACAGAGGUUUAGAAACAAAGGACGCCGCUUUGCUUAUUUGUAGCGCGCGAGACAAAAUCGAGCAACUGCCCUCCCUUGUGUUCAUUCAAUCAUACAGUCAAAAGUCAUUCUAACUUAAAACUGAGCAGUCGGUGGAUCUCGCCUGUGUUCUUUUAAACAUGUAUUUUAUGUACGAAGUCAAGCCAUUAAAAAUAUUUUAGUAAGAACAUGUUUUUUUUGUUCCUUUUUUGUAUAAAAGCACUUGAGACCGCACAGUUCUACUUUGUGGACCAAUCGUUCAGUUGAAUGUAUAUAGCUUUAUAUGUUGGAAACGAAACUAAAAAAGAAAAAAAAUAACACUAGAAAAAAAAAUAUUAAUAUAUUAAUAUAUAUAUGACAAAUGUGCACCUUGAACGUUAUGCGCUUGAUAUCUUUUUCGAAUUCAUCAUAUGCAGAAAAAUAAAUAGAUUUUAAAAAAGACAAUCAAAGUUCUGAAUGUUAUACUUUAUUUUUGUAAGGGGAAAAAAAAGGAAUAAUGAAUAGAGUUUUUAUUUUGUGCAAAGUUGGCCCUGGGAUGUAAGUGACCAUAAGGCUGACUCUGUUUAAAAAAAAAAAAAUAAUGAAUUAAAAACUAAAAAAAAAAAAAAAAAAAAAAAAAAAAAAAAAAGCACAGGCUGUAAUGAUCCUAUGGAGGGGUCAGGGAGAGAUACACACUGGCCAACAUGAGUCCCUCAUUACACAACUACAUUUGUGUAAGUGUUUUAGACAUGCAAGUCACCUGUCUGACUAAAUUUCUUUUAACUGUUUUGAGUUUUAAAAGUUAGGAAUUGUGACUGAAAAUGAGUGACACUGGAAUUUAGCUUAUUAGUGCUGUCAUUUUAUUUAUUUCAUUUUUUUUUAAAUCCCAUCUUCCCUGCAUCUACAUGCAUGAUGCAUGUACAAUCCUCUGUGCAUUGUAUGUAAUACGGACCCUGUUCCGUUCCAUAUGCUCGAGAAUGGCUGUUUUUAUUUUAUUUGUAGAUAUUUCUGUUGUAUCUUUUAGACAUGCUUUCCUAAAGACUAAAGACAUGUUCAUGCAGCCUACUGCAGAAUUCUUCAGGAUGAAUGGAAAUGAAUGGUAUCCCUGCCCCCCCUUUCAGGAAAAAAAAACACAAAAACAAAAGUUCAAGUGCAUGCAUAAUGGCCUUUAAAAAGUGUUAUAUAGCAUGUCAUUUUUAUCAGUUUUAGGCAUGUAUGCAGUGAGCCUAGUCAUGGUUUGCAUCAUUUCUAUCUUUGUAUUAAUCUGAUUUGUUUUUUGUUGAUGUUGUUUGAAAAUGUAGAAGUUGUGUAUGUGUUGGGAAAAAUAGACACUUGUACUUAAUCACUGGAAUGAAUUCUUAUUUGGGAGAAAAAAAUGAAUAAGUUUAAAAAAUGAACUUUAAAAUGUCAUUGUUAUAGGUCCAGUGUAUAGAUGUAGUAGUACACUUGCCUACACACCUUAUAGACUACAGCUCAGUGUUACUGCAUUCCUGGCUAAAAAUUCUUGUUAUUACUUCUGAUAAUCCAUUAACCUCUACGUUCUCUAUGUGCAUAAGUCAUUUGUGUUAUGCAUCUCUUUAAAGAAAGAGGGAGGAAGUAAUAGGAGUGAUGCAUGGACAGAGGAUCAGGAAACCAAAGCAUACAGAGAGCUGGUCAGAUGUUCAGAUAAAGUUAUAGCAUCCCUUAAUCCAUUUGAACCCUUGUAGGUUUAAGUCAGUGAUAAGUAUUAUGCAGCACUUAAAUACUGGAAUAUCCGUUAUCCCUCAGUACUAUUCAAAUUGUGUUUUUUUCCUGUCUCUAAACUACAGUUAAUUGUUUGUGUAUUCUAUAUAUAUCAUUCAUUCCUUAUUUCCCUAAUAAUUUCACUUCAGACAUGAACUCGGUUAACCCCCAAACCCCUCAAAUCGGCAUCAGUUCCUAGGAUUUCUAUGAGUGUAGAUGUUUUUAUGGGAGAGCAAUGUGUGAAUGUGUGUGAGCGUGUUGCAAGAGUGUGAGCAUGUACAAUAUGAACCAGAAAGUGGUAUGUGACAGACAGCAUGGCUUCUGGCUUUGGUGCCUUGCUACAACGUAUGACAAAAUAAAAAAUCGCCACUUAAUAUGGAUGGCAAUUUUUAGUGGCCCUAUAAUGCUGCAGACUAUUAGCUUACAUUUCACUAACCAUCUUUUCUUUUUUUUUCUUU